AUGGGUGUCCCGUUUGAUUAUGCGCCAGAGAGGCCUGAACAUAUCGAUGCUAUCCUCAACGGACUCGACCGUUACAAUCCCGAAACAACCAACAUCUUUCAAGAAUACGUGACGCUGCAGUGUGAGGAGAAGACUUACGAUUGUUAUGCCAAUUUAGCGCUUUUGAAACUUUAUCAAUUCAACCCCCACCUCACCAAAGACGAAACCAUAACGAACAUCCUCGUCAAAUCCCUUACCGUCUUCCCCUCCCCAGACUUCAGCCUCGCUCUUCAUCUCCUCCCACCCCAUAUCCUCACACCUAUCUCUUCCUCCUCUGCACUCCCGGCCGCAGGCGAUGCUCCCCUCUCCGAAGCCGUACAAAAACUCGCCGUCCUCAACACCCUCCUCUCCUCUGCAAACUACAGUCAAUUCUGGUCGACUCUCGACUCGGACGAUUUAUACGCCGAUCUCAUUGCCGACGUAAGCGGUUUUGAGGAACUGAUCCGCAUCCGCAUCGCCUCAACCAUUUCUCAAUCCGUGCGCGAGAUCCCCAGUUCCGAGCUGGAGAAUUGGCUUGGAAUGAAUGGUGAAGCCUUUGAGAAAUUCAUCAAGGAGGUUUGUGGAUGGACUAUAGAAAAUGGCAGUGUCAUUGUGCCAUUAAAUAAAGAGAAUGAGGCCAAGGGAACCGUGGUCCGGGAAAAUGUCAAGAUGGAGCAAUUCUCAAGGGUAAUUAGGAGAGCUUAUGAACAACCUGCUUAG